AUGACCAGUAUCAAUUUGACUGCAGCUGGCUCAGCUACCGAUGCAAUUGACCUAGAAUCUCUUCCUCGCCUUUCGCACCGCGAUGAGGAAGAAGGCAGACGACCAGUCAAUGUUGCACAACAGGCAGUCGACAGCAAUGUUGGUUCAUCCCAGGAGACUAUUGCUCCGCCAAAAUGGAAUCAUCCUCCUAUCAACAAAUAUCGUACUGCGGCGACAUUCUGGUCGUUUCUUGUUGUAGGAAUGAAUGAUGGAUCUUAUGGUGCUUUAGUUCCCUUGCUUGAGGAUUAUUACCACAAGAACCAUACCCUUGUGUCUCUAGUGUUCCUAACACCCUUUGUUGGUUAUGCUAUCGCUUCUGCUAUCAACAGCCUAAUGCAUGUGCAUUUUGGUCAAAGAGGCGUAGCGAUGCUUGCUCCUUUGUGUCACAUUGUACCAUAUCUCAUUUUUUCAUUCCAUCCUCCGUACCCAGUCAUGAUUUCCAUGUAUGUCUUUGUCGGCAUAGGAAAUGGACUUGCUGAUGCCGCGUGGUGUUCUUUUAUCGGACAGAUGAUGAACUCGCACGAGAUGUCGGGUAUCCUACAGGCGUGUUACGCCCUUGGUGCUACCAUUGCUCCUCUUGUCGCGACUGGUCUCUCUGGAGAAGAGCUCAUCUCCUUGACAAUCACAUUUUGGACACAGACUGGAGCCGUCUACUUGUCUGAAGCGCCCUCAGCAUCUGGGGCUAAAUCAGGUCGUAUGCGACAAGUCCUAAAGAACAAGCUGUCGUGGAUUUUCGCAUUUUUUGUGUUUGGAUACUGUGGAGCUGAAGUUGCUCUUGGUGGUUGGGUGGUUGUCUUCAUGCAGAAAAGACGUAACGCCUCAGCUAUCGUCGGCAGUGCCGUAGCCACGGGUUUUUGGGGCGGAAUGACAGUCGGACGCCUCUUUUUAUCCUUGGUAACAGUCCGACUGGGAGAGUUCUGGGCCAUGUUCUUAUACAUUGGAGUAACUAUUGCCUUGGAGUUAGUAUUUUGGCUGGUUCCGAGCCUGGUCGUCAGUGCAGUAGCAGCAGCACUAAUUGGCGUUGCCAUGGGGCCAAUGUAUCCUGUCGCAGUUGUUCUCAUUACCAAGGUCAUGCCCCGCUCUCUCCAUGUCGGGACUAUCGGUUUCGCUGCUUCCUUCGGUGGCUCUGGCGGUGCAAUAUUGCCUUUUGCCGUUGGCGCUAUUGCACAGGCAAAGGGAGUGCAGACGCUUCAACCCAUUGUCCUCGCUAUUUGCGUCGUGCUUGGCUGUUUGUGGCUGCUACUUCCCCGUAAACCAAUGCAAAAGAAUCAAACGGAUGGCAAUGAGAACUCUAUGUAG